AUGGCGAACUUCCCAGUAAUCAACUUGGAGAAGCUUAAUGGUGAAGAGAGACAGGCCACUAUGGAGAAAAUUAAUGACGCUUGUGAGAAUUGGGAAUUUUUUGAGUUGGUGAACCACGGGAUAGCCAAUGAACUUUUGGACACAGUGGAGAGGUUAACAAAAGAGCAUUAUAGGAAAUGCAUGGAGCAAAGGUUCAAAGAAUUUGUGGCAAGCAAAGCAUUAGAAGGUGUUGGAGCUGAAGUUAAGGACAUGGAUUGGGAAAGCACAUUCUUCUUGCGUCACUUGCCUGACUCAAAUUUGUCUGAAAUCUCAAAUCUUACUGAAGAAUACAUGUGA